UCACUCAUCACACAGUCGGCAGAGAACGCAUAGAGAGCCAGUGAGUUCAAGCAGGGUGGAGAGAAGGAGGAAAUUCUUGACAGAGGAUUUAUGGUUGCAAAUAAAAAGAAAAUAUAUAUUUUCAAGCUUUGAAGGGUUUAAUGGUUGCUGAAGCCAUUUCUUAGAGGAAUAAGGAAUUUGGAUCCAUUAUGAACAUCACGACUGCUAGCCCCUUCCAGCAGACCUCUUCCUCUGGCUCCACACCCCUUCCCAUUAGCAUCUCUGCUCGCAUUGGCAUUGCCAUCCUGAUUCUGGCGUUCGUGCUGGGCUUCCCUGGGAACAUGUUUGUCAUUUGGUCGGUGCUCUGCAGGGUGAAGAAGCGCUCAGUGACGUGCCUGUUGGUGCUGAAUCUGGCUGUGGCUGAUGGCUUCGUGCUGCUCAGUUCCCCCUUGUUCCUUCGGUUCCUGGCAGGAGGGAAGGGCUGGGAGUUUGGCUCCGCUGCAUGUAAACUGGUGCAUUACCUGUCCAGUGUGAACAUGUAUGUGUCCAUUUACCUCAUUAGUCUGAUGAGCAUGGACCGCUGGCUGGCUGUUACUAAACCCUUUGUGUCCCAGAGAAUGAGAACCAAGCAGUCCCUGCUGUUUCUUCUGCUCGGUGUCUGGGUAUUGGCUUUUGUCCUGUCCAUACCAAUGGCUUUCUACCGCAGCAAUAUCAAGAUGAUGAAAAACAAUGUCAGUCUGAACAUUUGCAUCCCAUACCACUGGAACAGUGUGGGUCACCGAGUUUUCCAGUACCUAUUUGAGACCAUCAUGGGCUGCUUGGUUCCCUUCUCCCUCAUCAGCACCUGUUACUCAUCCGUCAUAUGCAGACUGCAAAGUGCAAAGUUUCAGCGCAGAGGACAAGGCAGUCGUCUGAUCUUGCUGAUCAUCAUUACCUUUGCUAUAUUCUGGCUGCCCUAUCACGUCAUCAACAUCAUCGAGGUGGCCUGUUUAUUCAAAAGCAAUGAUUCAGGACCCAGCUGCACUCCAAGUGCCCGGCCAAACGUCACAGCCUUCGCCUACUUCAGCAGUGCGGUCAACCCCAUUCUCUACGUUUUUGCCGGCAGCUCGCACAUCCGCCAAGCGGGACUCAGCUUCAUGGGGAGGCUCUUCGAGGCCACCAACUCUGAGUCCAGAACCACGUCCACUUUCACCCGCAGUGGCCGCAGCGGCUCUUCACCAGACGAGAGCUCUGUCCUGCACACGCUGUCGAUUAAAAUUGGGAGACCUUUUAAAGGAAAGAGCAAUGAGAGAAGCUGCAGUGUGGCGGGGAAAGAGGCCAACGAGCCAGAGCUCAAAACUCUUGCCACUGUGGAACAGGUAGAAUAGCAUUAAUGCUGUUUUAAUGUAACACAAAGAGGAUAAUUGAUUUUUUUUAUUUCAAUUUUCAACAGUGAGCUUCGUUGUUUUAGGCUAAAACCAGGGGGAGAGGUUGCCUUGAUGUCCUGAAACAGAUGAAAUUAUGAUAUAACUCAAUGAAACCCUCUUAACAACAGGAAUGCUGUAAAGGCAUUUUUGUGCUUCAGAAAUAGGACCUCAUUUUAACUUCACAAAGAUAACAGAAUAAUGUAUUUUUAUUUUAUAUUUUAAAAAAGGUAUUUUAACUGUUCAUAUAAGAGCAGAAUUAUUUUACUUUUUAAAAAAAAUCUUUAUCCCAAAAACUUAGAUAUUUAUUGACGACUCUUGUAAUUUGGAUAUUUAUCUUUUUUUUAUUGAAAUAUGUGAAAUUUGAGUUCAUCUGUAAUUUUUUUUAUUUGUUUAUUUGUUUGUUAGUUUUUAAAUACACCUGAGAAGAAAUGAAAAGGUAGAUGUGUUAUCGAUUCUAA